GAGCCUGGAUGUUUUUCCCCUCUGUCUCUGCUCCGCUGUUUUCACUCCGGUCCAUUCAAUCGGAGGGGUGGAUCGUCCACCGUCUGCUCCCCAGAAACUUUCUGACCGAGCCAAAAAGAUCCUGCCGGCUUUCCUCUGGCAGCAGCAGAGAGGAGGGACGAGGAGUUUGGAGAGCUCAGGCUGUGCUGUGAGGAUCAGGAGAGGGAUGGUGUGAUUCUGUAAAGAGAGAGGAAGAGGGAGACGCUCCAGCAGCAUCACCGACCCCCCACACCCCUCUCCUAGACCCCCUUCUGUCUGGCUGACGCUCUCCCGAAUAACACUCGAGACAGGCGGUUCAGGGGCAACCAGGAAACAUGUCACAGACCAGGAGGAGCACAUACAGCCGGACCACCAGCAGCGGCAGCAGCAGGAUGAGCUCGGACGGGGGAGGGCGGCCCGUCAAAGUGGGCUCCCUGGUGGAGGUGAUUGGGAAGGGGCAGCGCGGCACGGUGGCCUACAUCGGCAACACACUGUUCGCCUCCGGGAAAUGGGUGGGAGUCAUCCUGGACGAGGCCAAGGGCAAGAACGACGGCACUGUGCAAGGCAAACGCUACUUCACCUGUGAGGAGAAUCACGGGAUCUUUGUGAGACAGUCUCAGAUCCAGCUGGUUGAUGAUGGGGCCGACACAACGUCUCCAGAGACGCCUGAGCCCGGCACUGGGAAGGUUCCCAAACGCGAGAUCCUGGAGACGCCCAAGUCCACUAAACUGCGAGGAGUGAAGCCCAAAAAGGUGCUGCAUGUUUCUCUAACCUCGACUCCUGCACCCCGGAAGACCACGGCCAGAAGGCCCAAGCAGCCCACCCGGCCUGCAGGUGGGAAGGGAGCUGCGUCCGGCUCGGCCUCGGCCUCUGCUGGAGAGAUGAGCAGCAGCGAGCCCAGCACGCCGGCCCAGACUCCUCUAGCUGCACCGGUCAUCCCCACGCUCCACUCACCUGGAAACCCUCCGGCCCCCGUCCCCAGCAAGGAGGACGUCACUAUGGAAACACAGGAGGAGGAGGCGCUGCGUGGUCAGGUGAAAGACCUGGAGGAGAAGCUGGAGACGCUGAAGAUGAAGCGGACGGAGGACAAGGCCAAGCUGAAGGAGCUGGAGAAGCACAAGAUCCAGCUGGAGCAGCUGCAGGAGUGGAAGACUAAGAUGCAGGAGCAGCAGGCCGAGCUGCAGAAACAACUCAAGGAGGCCAAGAGGGAGGCAAAAGAAGCCAUGGAGGCGAAGGAGCGUUACGUGGAGGAGAUGUCGGACACGGCAGAUGCGAUCGAGAUGGCCACUCUGGAUAAGGAGAUGGCCGAGGAGAGGGCGGAGUCUCUGCAGCUGGAGGUCGACUCCAUGAAGGAGAAAGUGGACGAGCUCACCAUGGACCUGGAGAUCCUCAAGCACGAGAUCGAAGAGAAAGGUUCUGAUGGCGCAGCCUCCAGUUACCAUGUGAAACAGCUGGAAGAGCAGAACGGGAGACUGAAGGAAGCGCUGGUCAGGAUGCGUGACCUGUCAGCGUCAGAGAAGCAGGAACAUGUGAAGUUGCAGAAGCAGAUGGAGAAGAAGAACGUGGAGCUGGACGCUCUGAGGAGCCAGAAAGAAAAACUGCAGGAGGAGAUGACGGUGGCAGAAAAGACCAUCGACGAGCUCAAAGAGCAGGUGGAUGCAGCCCUGGGAGCGGAGGAGAUGGUGGAGACUCUGACGGAGAGGAACUUGGACCUGGAGGAGAAAGUCAGAGAGAUGAGAGAGACGGUCACUGACCUGGAAGCUAUAAACGAGAUGAAUGACGAGCUGCAGGAGAACGCCCGAGAGACGGAGCUGGAGUUGAGGGAGAUGUUGGAUCUGGGUGCAGCCAGAGUCCGAGAGGCAGAGAAACGUGUCGAAGCUGCGCAGGAGACCGUCGCUGAUUACCAGCAGACCAUCAAGAAAUACCGUGAGCUCACGGCCCACCUGCAGGAGGUGAACAAAGAGCUGACCAGCCAGCAGGAAGCCUCAGCAGAGCUGCAGCAGCAGCCGCCCGCAGAGAUGUUUGAUUUCAAGAUUAAGUUUGCAGAGACGAAGGCCUACGCCAAGGCCAUUGAGAUGGAGCUGAGGAAGAUGGAGGUGGGUCAGGCCAACAGACACGUCUCUCUGCUGACCUCCUUCAUGCCAGAGUCCUUCCUUCGUCAUGGCGGAGACCACGACUGCAUCCUGGUGCUGCUGCUCAUCCCCAGACUCAUCUGCAAGGCGGAGCUGAUCAGCAAACAGGCCCAGGAGAAGUUCGACCUGAAUGAGACCUGUGUGGAGCGAGCGGGGCUGAAGGGAGCCGUCGGGGAGCAGCUGAGCUUCGCUGGCGGUUUGGUCUACUCGCUCAGUCUGCUGCAGGCCACGCUGCAUAAAUAUGAGCAGGCUCUGGCUCAGUGCAGUGUGGACGUCUAUAAGAAGAUUGGCUCUCUGUACCCUGAGAUGAGCGUGCACGAACGUUCUCUGGAUUUCCUCAUCGACUUGCUGCACAAAGACCAGCUGGACGAGACGGUCAACGUGGAGCCGCUCACCAAGGCCAUUAAAUACUAUCAGCACCUGUACAGCAUCCACCUGGCAGAUCAGAACGAGGACUGCACCAUGCAGCUGGCUGAUCACAUCAGAUUUACCCAGAGUGCCUUGGACUGUAUGGCGGUGGAGGUCGGUCGUCUGCGGGCGUUCCUGCACGCCGGUCAGGAGAAGGCCAACCUCGCCGUGCUGCUGAAGGACCUGGAGACGUCCUGCAGCGACAUCCGACAGUUCUGCAAGAAGAUUCGCCGCAGGAUGCCAGGAACCGACGCGCCGGGCAUCCCGGCAGCCCUCAACUUCGGACAGCAGGUGUCCGACACCCUCUCAGACUGCAGGAAGCACCUGACCUGGGUGGUGGCGGUGCUGCAGGAAGUGGCAGCAGCUGGAGCUCAGAUGAUGUCACCUCUCGGAGAACAGGAGGGGCUGUCAGCGGUCAAACUGGAGGACGUGGCGUUCAAGGCAGGAGAGCAGAUUUAUGGCUCUCAGGGCGCCAACCCCUACGAGUGUCUGCGGCAGUCCUGUGGCAUCGUCAUAGCAACCAUGAACAAGAUGGCCACUGCCAUGCAGGAGGGAGAAUACGACUCAGAGAGGCCUCAGAACAAGAACCCUCCACCUGUGGAUCUGCGAGCGGCCGCUCUUCGGGCUGAAAUCACCGACGCUGAAGGUCUCGGCCUGAAGCUGGAGGACAGAGAGACGGUCAUCAAAGAGCUGAAGAAGUCUCUCAAGAUCAAAGGAGAGGAGCUGAGUGAGGCCAACGUGCGUCUCAGUCUGCUGGAGAAGAAGCUGGACAGUUCGUCCAAAGACGCAGACGAACGUGUCGAGAAGAUUCAGACUCGCCUGGACGAGGCGCAGACGCUGCUGAAGAAGAAGGAGAAGGAGUUCGAGGAGACGAUGGACGCUCUGCAGGCCGACAUCGACCAGCUGGAGUCGGAGAAGGCCGAGCUGAAGCAGCGAAUCAACAGCCAGUCAAAGAUGACCAUCGACGGACUGAGAGGAACCGGGCCGUCAGGAAUCGCCUCCAUCAUCACGGGAAUGGCUGGAGAGGAACAAAAAGCGAACAUGAUGUCAGGCGUCGGGUCAGGUUCAGGUGUCCAGGUGAUCGACUCUCCUCUGCUGACUCAGCAGAUUGAAGCUCAGAGACUCUGCAUCAAACACCUGAAGAACGACAACAACAGACUGAAGGCUGAGAAGAUGCGCGCUCAGCUCGCCUCUCUGCCUCCUCUUCAUGUGACCAAACUUCCCUCCAGAGACGGAGGUCGUCCUGAAGUGCUCUCCAGCGCCCUCUACCGCAAGACCGACCAGCUCCUAGAGACUCUGCUGCAAAUGAGUGCCAACGUCAAGGUGGUGGACAUCACUGGGAAAUCUCCAGUGACACCUGGUGCUCAGCUGCUGGAACAGACGGCCAGAUUACAGUCUCUCAGUGACACUCUGGGUAGACUGAAGGACGAAGUGGCAGAGCACGUCGUCCACCAGCAUCCUGGAGCUCGAGUUGCAUCUGAUUUUGCGACGUUCCCUUCAACUUCAUUUGUGAAGGCGAAGGAGGAGAAGCAGGGCGACACAGUGCUGGUGGGUCGGGUCAUGGUGCCGUGUGCCCGUGGUCAGGAGCAGGUCCACCGCCUCGUCCUGUCACAGUCUCAGCUGCAGAGAGUUCACAGUCUGCUGCGGACCUAAACGCCACCUGCCCUGCGAUCCUGCCUGCUGCACCAACACAACACCACCACCACCACCACCCCCACCACCCAUCAUCAGCUUGGCAGCCUGGUCUCCACCCCGGGGCCGAACAUGUCAAACCAGGAAGUGUUUCACAUCGCUAACGAAGAGAUUACAACCUGCAGGAAGUGAUCUUUAUCUGUCUGUCGUUCAGGGCUGUGAGUUUGAGAUCAGUUUAAUCUGAACAUCACUUUGGAUUUUAGAUAUCUAGAACUUGUUUGGUCUGUCUUUUAGUGAGCUGAUCAAUCGACAGAAAAUUAAUUGGAAACUUUUUUGAUUACUUUUUAAAUUGUUUUAGUCAUUUUAAGCUAAUUCAAGUUAAUAAUCUGUGACUGCUGCUUCUUCAGUGUGAGAUUUUGCUGCUUUCCUUUGUGACAUCUGACAGUUGACUGAAUAUUUUUUAGUUUUGGACAGUUUGUUUUAACAUUAUACAAGAAAAUAUCACAUGACAACAAAAGUGGAAACUUUCUAGCAUUUCUUUCAUCAGUCUCCAGUCAAAAUCAGAUUCAACUGAACUUCAGGGUUCCCACACUUAUUUUUUACAUCAAAUUCAAGGACUUGUCAAGGACUUUCCAGGCCCAUUUCUCUCAAAAUCAAGGGCCCAACCCAGCAUAGUUUAAAACACAGAUCAAAAUUAAUUACUGUUACACACUGAGAAUUUUAGGCUCAGUUUCUAUUCUUGUGCACUGAAUAACCUGUGUCUAUUUUAAAAACAUUUGAGGCUGAAAAAUUUAUUCUUUCCCCCUCAAACUCAGACUUUCAAGAAUUUCAAGGACCUGUGGGAACCCCGAGUCUUAGUUUUUCUUAAGUGACUUGUAUCAGACUGCUCAUCUCUCACCUACAGCCCUGCAUGUUGUAACUUACAGACUGUGAGGCGAUCACAGAUCCAUCCUCACAACUGAAACGUCUGAGUUCAGUUUUGUUGCCGUAAACAGUAGCAGAUAUCCUUGUACCUGCGGUUCUGCAUGCUGCCCUGAUGUUCUGUUGUUAUUUAGUUUUAUCAGACUGGUGUUUGGCCCCGGGGUGAAACCUGCACAGCGUGGUUUCUAUCCGAACAUUGGAUGUCGCUCCGUGUUUCUAUCACUGUUAAAGCUACGCAGUAUUACUGUAGAAGGAUCAUGACUGUGUUGUAAAUCUUUAAUCAGGUGUCACUGUGGCGUGCUCCAUUUUUAUAUCUGUCUAAAGGGAAGUAAGGAUCAUGUAAUUUAGAAAUGAAGCAGAUUAAUAUCAGAUUUGUCCGUUUACAGGAGUUUCACUGUGGUUUGAUCAAAGAGACUUUUUGCACAUUUAACGACCACAGAGGAGACGACGUCCUGCACGCUGAGUUUACUGAAUGGAACUUUAUUUCACUGACGAUCUGACGACAAAAACAUUUCAGUGAUGAAGUUAACAUGCCAGCAAACUCCAGGGGCCAGAUGCAUAAAGGACGAGUACGCACAAAAACAUGCCCACGCCUUUUCUCACAUAUAAACCAAUAUUCAUGAACGAAGAAUGUGCACACGCCAUGCAGACGUCAGACCAGAUGUGCACAUGGUUUUGGCCAAGAUAGCUGCGAUGAUAUGACGAGGCACAUUUAUUUAAUUUUUAAUAAUUUGAGUGAUACGUGUCAUCAUAUUUUUUUUUACAUUCAUCUCCCUGUUAGUGAUCGUUCAUUAUCCUGUGAAGCACUUUGUAAAGUCAGUUUGAACUUGAGCACUACGAAUGAAUCAUUGAUCAUCCCUCUGACGUUUAAUGAUCACAAUGAUUGAGAUUUUCCCGUGAUGAUGAUUUGCAGGGAUGUGAUGAAUUAGGGGAACGAACACUACAAAUUGCCAAACCGGUCAAACCUGGCACCGUUGGAGAAACUCAGCAAUGCAACACCGUCAGUGACAUUGCUCCUUAUUCAUCGUAUUUGUCAUGGACAGGUCUGAUGAGUGAUGGAGGGGCACAAGUAUCGAUACGCAAAUAUGUUUGAGGGCGUGUCUACAUCUGUUUAUGGGAAAUUUUGGGUGUGGAAAUGAGGCUCGUGCACCAAAUUGAUUGAGAUUCAUAAAACAUAAUCUGGCUUUAUGAAUCUGACGAAAACAUUGCGUGAAUCUGCUCCGAGUUUUAUGCGUCUGGCCCCAGUGUGUGUGUGUGUGUGUGUGUGUGUGUGUGUGUGUUAAGGAUUUUGUGUUCUGCUCUGUGGUUUGAUUGAAACUUUGCGGACUGCACAGAAGAGAAGCUGAAAAAACCUCGAAGAUUUACUGUGUAAAAUGCAGAUAAAUUAAAUUCUUUUGCAGAUUUUUCAUGUUUAUUUAAAAACUCAGAUGAAGCGUUAGAUGGUUUAAAUUAUUUAGUAUUUAUUACACUUGUGCUGUAAACUCCAGUGAGCUGACUACUUUUACACGCUCGGUAUAAAAAAAAAAGACACGCUGGUUGUUUUGGUAAAGUUACUGAAAAACAAAAAUCCAGAGACGUGUGUGUUACUGUUGUUCUGUUUCCUGUUGCAGUUUCAAACGUCGUCCGAGCCUUAAACCUGCAGAGAGCCUCGUGGUAAAGAGCGGUCACCUGCCUUAUGUUUGAUUUGAUCCGAUCAAACCUCGUUUAAAGCAAAACUUCAUCUUUGCCAAAGAAUCUUUGUUUCUCGUCACCACGUUUGCCACGGCUGAUUUUAAAAGGCUUUUAGUUUAUUAAUCCAUGCUAAUUAUUUUAUUUAAUGAUCUGUUAGAGUAUUUAUGUUUACAGUGUCGUCAUGACUUGAAGUUUUAUUUGAUGAUUAAUUUAAUUAAUGGGCAUAGUGCAUCUACACAGCUGUAGUUACAGAAGGACGUGUGUUAUUUAUUCAUGGUGUUAUUUAUCUGUGCAGCUGAUGUUCUGACUUUGCAGCUUGUCUAACUUGUCUUACCUUCUCCUCCUGUGGCUUCCUGCUCUCGCACAACCGAUAACUGAUCAAUAAAGACAUUAAAGCCAGUGUA